AUCGAGUGCCUGUGGAACUACAAUAUUUAGCGAACUACUCAAUAUCCAAGUUUCAACCCAAAUCAAUGCUUCUUGUGUCACAAAAAGACUUGGUAUCUGCUCAGUAUUUAUUUAUUUACGUAUAUUUUUGUAACUGAAGUCAAAACCAUACUUUAUUUCAGCAUACGUGCCAUUUUACAAAAAUCUUGUAAAAUUCUUGAGACGUUGACAGAGGCGUAAGUGAGAGUAAGGAACGACAACUCUGGGUAUUGCGAUGGUAAUCGGAACUUACGCGAGGAUCUCCGAGUGGAGUGGGCGAAAUAUAUUUUGUACGACUUAGUUAAAUCAGUGUUCCUAAAAAUAACUUUGUCUUUUGCUGACCCACUAACCUGCUAUUCUACUGCUUUUGCAGAAUUUCUCUCAAAAAUGUCUAACUUUACCUGUUUGUGUCUGAAUGUCAAGAUUGCUUGCAAGGCAAAACCAAGUUUUCAGCAAAGUCCAGAUUUAUGGAAGACUAAAUAUGAGUUCUUCUCUCAAAGCCUGGCACAAGCUACUGAUGCUGAAGUAAAGAAAGAACAUCCCUACCUUGUUCACAAACACGCUGUAGGAGAAUGGAUAGUAAACAGGUGCUUGAAUUGUGGAGUGGAGACACAUGCCACCUCCCAGGGAUCCAGUAUAAUGCUACUCUCUCCACAGCUCCAGAGUGACCCAGUCAUUGCUGAGAGGUUAACACAAUCCUCUGAUUUUUCUAAGAUUUUCAACAUCGUUCUGCAUGGACAGAAGACUACAAUUUCUAGUCAUGAUAUGCCAGAUCCAUCUUCGAAAAACUACGAAUCUCUGCAACAGGAACUGACACAUGUUCAAAGCCAGAUUAACAGCUACCUCCUUGAAGAAGAAGGGUCAAUGGAGAAGAAAAUCAGAGAAUUUGAAGAGGAACAAAGAGGCAUAUUUCAAACUCUACAAUCAAGUGUUCAGACAGAGAAGAAGAAAAUGAUUAAUCUCAUUUUGCAAGCAGAGAGAGAAUUGAAAUCUUCAGUUCAAGAGAAAAAUGAGCUACCAAACACAUCAACUGUUAAAGAACAAUCUUCCAAGAAAACUCCACUAACAAGAGCAAAGUCCUCUCCAAACAAACGCCUGCACUCAGUCGAUGAGUAUGAACAGACGCCAGAUACAGAAGAGAUGUUUUUGCUGGAGGAUGAAAAUCCAGGACCAGAUGAACCUUUCUACACAUCAGAUGAGGAAGAUGACAGUGAGAGAAGUUCAUGCACUCCUGCAGCAAAGACAGUGCCAUUUCAGAAGAGAUCUCUGCAGUAUUCAUCAUCUGUCCCCAUUCAAGUUCCCAGAUGGGGAGCAAUGUUCAAUAAAGACUCAGAGGAGGAUACUGAUGAAGAUCCUGCACCGUCCGACCCAGAUGAGAUGGCAGCAUCUAUGCAGGCUAUGGCUAGAAGCAUUACAAAUGAUGAGAGGAUGAUCUUCGGUGACAGACCCAGGCCGAGGCUUAAUACGGGUGACUUCCAUCAUUAAUGGCCAUUCUUUGGUCAUUGUGAUCAGGAUUUUUUUGCUUUAUUUGUCAUGACUAUAUUACAGUCAUGGUACAUGUACAUGUCAUAUUUGGACUUCUUUUGGUCAUCAUAAGAUGGUCUUAACUAUUGCAUUAAUAAUCUCAGCUAUAUAUCAAAAUGUUUGUACCAAUAAAGGGACGUUUUGAGACAUGUCUACUGCAACAACUUGGGUUCAGCUGUAGUGAUGACAUUGUUCUUGAAAUGAUAACUUUUUAAGUGAUCUGUUGGGCAUUUAUAAAGUCAUUGUGUCAUUGUUUUUAGUUAAGAUAAUUUUGUAGUGAUUAUUUCAUAAUCAACAGUUACAGCCUUUCACAAGCAGACAUACGGUCUUGAAGAAAUUAUUUUUAACCAUGAAUGUUACAUCGGCCUUUAAUCCUCCAGUUUUUAUUGAAAAUAUUUUAGUGUCCAAUAUUACCAGCUACAUUUUAAAAGAUUUUUCAAUCACUUAAUGACUAGCCUUUGCUGCUCUUUUCUUCCUUACUUAUACUCAUUACAUAUUAUUCAUGUUUUUUUCUUGAUUAAAUGAGUUGGAUAUAUUCAUAAUCAAUAGGGGUUGGCUAUGGUGUGCAUCUAAAUCAGUGAUUAUACAUGUUUUUCAUACCUUUGUCUCAUACCUUCUAUCCUAUUUACUAUUUAACAUUAAGUGUCCAGUUAACACAUGUGUAGACUGAUCUCCAUUUAUUUAAAACAUGGAAAACUGCAGGUACUUGUUAUGACAUAUAUUGAUGUCAGUAAAGGGUGACCAGAGAUUCCAUUUAGAUGCCAGUAUGUCACUGUGAAUACACUAAAUGUAAUUUUGUUAGGUUUUGAUUUUUCAUGUUUUGUGUCAUCCAUUUAGAGAGACAUUAGAUGAGUUCUGUUUGAUUGGAUUUUCUUUACCUGUAAUGUUAAAGCCUGGAGAGUCUGUGUUUUCCUGCUCCCAGUGAUAUUGACAACAAUAUUUAAAACAAAAAUAUGUAUUGCUUGAAGAUGUCCCUUUUUCUUAAAAAGAGAGAGAGAUUUUGAAUAAUUUCAUAUGUUUGUGUGUGUACUGUGUCAAUUAUUUUGGCUGAGAAGAAUAUUAUUAUUAAAUAAAUUUUAGGUUGUUUGUACUAUGUGGGUGUAUAAACAAUGGAACUAUGGGAUAAUUUGUUUGAUUAACACAGCUGAUUAUGCAGAAAUUACCCAUGUAUACAGUGGAUCUUCCAACACCAAUAUCUCGAAUACCAUGGAUAAUGUCAAGAUAUCUCGAAUACCAUAUAUAUCUCAAGAUAUCUAGAAUACCAUGUAUAUGUCAAGAUAUCUUGUAUACCAUGUAUAUGUCGAGAUAUCUCGAAUACCAUGCAUAUGUCAGGAUAUCUCGAAUACCAUGUAUAUGUCAGGAUAUCUCGAAUACCAUGUAUAUGUCGAGAUAUCUCGAAUACCAUGUAUAUGUCAAAGUGAUUUGGAAGUCCCAACCACUUUAGUAUUUUGCCCUCAAUAUCUCGGAUAUUUUAAAGUUUUUUCAUGGUCCCAUCUAAUUCAAGAUAACGAGGUUUGACUUUAUAUAUCCCAUUUUACAAACAAUCUAGACGUUUAUUCAUUAUGGUUCUAUUUGGUAAAAUGAAAAAAAUAUAGACUAUUGAAGCUACUAAUAACUUUCCAUACAAACCAAGCCUCUUUGUGAUGUACGUACAAGUUUGUAUGAGGAAUUAUAAACAAUGAAGGAGUGAAGGAUAAUUGGUGGAAUGUUUAUUGAUCUACUUUUGCAAACCAGUGACUUUGUUUACCAGAAGUAUUACCGGUACAUUGACUCAUUUGACAGUCAGUAUGAUAGGGCAUAUUGCAGGGUACGAACCGUUCAUGGCUUGAAAAAGUCCGUAUUUUGUGUGUCAGAGAUUUGUAUUAUGCCAAUAUUAUUUUAAAUAUUUUACUAAUGUUGUAAAAUUUAUUACAAUCAAAGAUCGAUUUACAAGUCAGGAUGUUUUUACAAUAUGAAUUUACUUGAUUCUUUGUAUAAUUUUCUGCUGAUCAUGAGGAGUUGCUGUGCAUUGCCAUAUCCAUGUAGUUAUAAUCAUUCCACAGGAGAAAAAUUUACAUUGUUAUUUUGCAUACAGUUUAUUAUGUUAGUGAUUUUCAUCUUUUGUUAUAAACCAUAUGAAAUGGUUUUAUAUGUGUCACAUUUUCACAGAUUUGUUAGUCUUGGACAACGGUGCAUAUACAAGUCUGUACUGUGAAUUGUAAAUAUUUUUGUUUUCUGACUUAUUGUGUUUGGUGCUUGUUUGUCUUCAACUUCCAUGUAAAUACUGUGUAUAUAAUACAUCUAUAUAAGGAAGACAUCCAGUUGUGUCACCAUUAUCAUGGAUAUUGGGUUCUUUGGCCAGGUAGCUUAGUAUGCAUUAUAUAGCCUAAUUUUAGCUCCAUUACAAGUGUUCCUUUUUAUGACCAAGUUUGUGUAUAGCCAUAUCAUUUGUCCUCACAAAGAAGACUUAGAAAUUUGGUUGUUUUUUAUGGGGUUGUGUGGUACUGUAAUUUUUAAUUUUCCCUGACCAAAACUAUCCUUACCUUUUAUAAAGUUGUAGAAAAAUGCAUGCAUGCAUUCUGCUGCCUUUUUAGCAUUUUUUAAGAUUAUCAUGCAGACAUAUGCUUAAAAAUUUCAUUUUGGUAUUUACAUGGCAGGAUUUAUUCUUGCUAAAACUUGAUCAUCACUUCAAACCACCGAGCUGAAACCUUUUGUCAGAUUAACUUGUUCUUGAAUAGAUUUUAUUUUCACAUGAUAAUGUAUUAUGAACAAGAGUUUUUCAGAUUUAGUAGCUAUGCAAUUUGUUUCAUGUUAUUUCUGGUACAUGUUGGUAUAUUGUAUAAUGGUAAUACACUAAGAUGCCAAUUUUCCUAGUCUGGUAUAUAUAUUUUGGAAUGUUCAAUCACCGCACAUUUGAAAUUAGUACUCAUUUUUAGCAUAUUUGAGUUUUUAGUUGAAGUUCAUACAGGUUCUUCUGAGUAUGAGAAUUUCUAUUGACUUUUCAAAUCUUCAGUACCCUCAAUUUCUGGGGUGAUGUGCCAGCAAACAGGACAUAAUUAUGGGUAGGGGGUGGGGGUAAUAAUCCUUUCAAAUGGGAGAUAAUUAAGAAAUGUAGGAAAUGCGAUAGGAUUGCACCAAAAUUUGUUGAUAUAGAAUCACAGGAAUAGAAAUGAUGAAAUUUAUGUAGGAACUUUAUGAAUAGUUGAGCCAAUUUUAUUUUAUUCAAUUAUUGCCUCUUAUGGCUAAAGUUGAGUCAUGUUGGAUUUCCAAAGCUGAAAAGAGCAAGGCAACUUGUGUGAGAGUUGUGGCCCAUUGGCCUCUGACUUAAUUUCAAAUGAAUUUACUUCUUUAAUCAGCCCAAGAUUAUAACUGCUCUUUUACAAUAAUUAAGCCAUCUAGAUUCAAAACAGAUUGUGGUGCCAAGAAAACAAUGAAAAAUUGACGACAAAAUGCUGAAGCAUCUCUGAUAUACUCUACUGACACGCUGGAAUAGUGGAUAAAUUUAAUGAAAGGCAAACAUUCAUCAAAAUUUCCACGUGUCAAUUUUUCAGGAUCAACACACAGUUGUGACUUUUACUAGCAGUCAAUAACAGUUCACAUACACAUACAAAAUGAAUAUUUUUAGAUAUAAAACCCCAUUAAUAGAAGAAAUUAAAAAUAAAUCUCGAACAGGAUAAGAUAUUUUCACUUCCUAGGAAUGGUUUAUGUUUCAGUCCAAUAUAAAUGUGUACUUAUUCUGUCAUACCAGUGGAUAUGAUGACAAUGAAAUAGUAUGUAUAAUUAGCACAUAGUGCAAUCAUGCAGGUCUUCAUAGCUGUUGGUGUUCGCAAGGUUACUUCAUAAUUGAAUCUAAAUAAGCUAUUCAUGUAACACAUUGUGCCAAAGCAUCAUGAAAAAUGUAACUUUCUUAGUGAUUGUUAAUUUCAAUGUAGUGAUCAUUAAUUUAUGCUACUGAUAACUGGAUUCUAAAGAUGUGAAUGUUCAUAUCUCUCUUUAGGUUUAAAUAUUACUUCUUUCUUGUUUUAAAUUGAAAUUUUGUACUUUGAGAUGCAAAGUAUAUUUUCAAAUUUCUACUCGUCAUAUUUCUUAAAUUGGAAAAAUCAUCAAACAUUCAACUUGUUAAUACUGUAUGUGUACUGUUUUAGCGAAUUAGAAAUUUGUUUUGCUCACCCACCCACCCCCCCAAAGAAGAGGGGCAUAUUGCUUUGCACCUAUCGGUCGGUAGACCAUAUGUUGUCCGCUCAAUAUUUUGAAAAUCAUUCACUUGAUCAUAAUGAUAUUUCGUAUGUGGGUUGGUUAUGAGUAGGAGAGGACCCCUAUUGUUCUUGAGGUCAAAAGGUCAAGGGUCAAUCCACUGGACAUGAGAAGAUACUGUCCGCUCAAAAUCUUGAGAACCCUUUUGCUUGACAGACAUUAACCUUGGUACACUGAUACAUUGAGAAGAGUAGAUGACCCCUAUUGAUUUUGAGGUCACAUGGCCAAGGAUCAAACUGGACAUAGGAAUAUACUGUCCACUCAAUAUCUUGAGAACCAUUUGCUUGACAGACAUCAAACUUGGUACACUGGUACAUCUUCAGGAGAAGAUUACCCCUCUUGAUUUUGAAGUCACGUGGUCAAAGGUCAAGAGUCAAACUUGACAUAGGAAUAUACUUUUCACUUAGUAUUGUGAGAACCCUUUGCUUGACAGACAUCAAACUUGGUUUACUGGUACAUCUUUAGGAUUAAAUGACCCCUAUUGAUUUUGAGGCCACAUGGUCAAAGUUCAAUAAUCAAACUGGAUGUAGCAAAAUGCUAUUUCCUCACAAUAUCAUGAGAACCCCUUUGCUUGACAGACAUCAAACUUGGUACACUGGUACAUCUUGAGGAGUAGAUGAUCCUUAUUGAUAUUGAAGUUAUCUGGUCAAAGGUCAAGGGUUAAACUGGACAUAGUAACAUGUCUCCUAUAUUUUAAGAAUCAUUUGCUUGAUUGAAACCAAACUUGGUACACUGGUACAGCAAAAGGAGUAGCUGACCCCUAUUGAAUUUUAGGUCACAUGGUCAAUCCACUCUGGACAUAGAAAGAUAUUGUCUGCUCAAUAUUUAUACCCCCCGCAACAAGUUGUGUUGGGGUAUACUGGAAUCGGGUUGUCCGUCCAUCCGUCUGUCUGUAGACGCAAUGGUUUCUGGGCUCUAAAGCAUUAUCCUUUCCACCUACCGUCACCAUAAUUUAUAUAUGGACUACCCAUGGGAUGAAGAUGUUCCUUAUCGAUUUUGGGGUCAAAGGUCAAGCGCACUGGACAUCUAAGUAUAUAUAGCAAUAUGGAUUCCGGGCUCUGAAGUGUUAUCCUUUCCACCUAUAGUCACCAUAUCAUACAUAUGGACUACCCAUGGGAUGAAGAUGUUCCCUAUCGAUUUUGGGGUCAAAAGGUCAAAGGUCAAGCGCACUGGACAUUGAAGUAGCAAUAUGGUUUCCGGGCUCUAAAGCGUUAUCCUUUCCACCUACAGUCACCAUAUCAUACAUAUGGACUACCCAUGGGAUGAAGAUGUUCCCUAUUGAUUUUGGGGUCCAAAGGUCAUGCGCACUGGACAUCGAAGUAGCAAUAUGGUUUCCAUUUAAAUUCUUUAACGGCUUUUUUCAUUGCAUGGAGAUGCUGUGUUCCUAGAUACCUUUUGGAUCAUAAUACUGAAGUUUUACCUAUUGCCAACACCCUUUGGGAGAUUGGGGUAAGCGGGGGGUAUUCUUAGUGAGCAUUGCUCACAGUACCUCUUGUUUGAAAUGGUUUGGCACUACUAUCAGUUAAAUGAUACAUGUGUAUAACCCUUUUCAGUUUUGCACCAAAGGGGGGGGGGGGGGGGCAUACAUGUUUUGCAAACAUUGCUUGUUGCAGUCGGGGCUGAUGCUUAAUUGGCAUGAUCAUGAUUUAGCACUUCUCUGUAUUGAGAAUUGAAAAAUAAUUUCAUAUUUUACAGCAACUAUGAAUUAGCGCUCUUACUUCACCACCAAAGCCCUAAAAUUUGCAUCCCGCUAAAAUUUGUUCACAUACAAUAUUAACAAAUGUGCUCUUGUGAGAAAUCGUUCCUGCGCAAGAGUUUUCAAGAUCACAACAAAGUUCUCAGACAAGACGGCUAGUAAUGUUUUCCUCCAAAAUGGCAUUAAUUGUUUUAUUGGAAUAUUUAUCAACUAUUUUAUCUUACAGAUGUGUUAAAACCCACUGAUAAAAAUCACAGUGAGAAACAUCACUUAUUUCCCUACACAUGACCCACUUUUAGCCAAUAUAAAAGUUUGAAAUGCUAUUUGUGUGGUUGUUUUAGUGGGAUUGAUAUUUUGGUGCAGAGGCAGUUGGAGCACUUGUUUAUUGUUGCAUCAAUCGAAAUUCUCUGGUAACUGCUCUUUAUCCAUUGUCAUAGACUGGGAAUGUGAUUAUUCAUGAUAAAUAAAAAUGCACUAAUUUGCAUUAACAGCACUGAAAUUUUAGAUACUCUAUUAAAUGAAAUGUAUGUACGAUAUUGAAGGUGAAAUGAUGGUGAAUCUAUACACAUUUUACCCAACAAGCACUUUUAAGAAAUAGAAGCUUGGUCAUUGGAAAUGAUGUACAUUUUCAUGUAUAAUAUUGGUAGGCUAUCAUAUGAUAUUAAUACCAUAUUUUUGGGGAGGUGGGAUUUUUGUUUUGUUUUUUUUUAAGUCGAAAGUAAAAUCAGUCUUACUUACAUUAGAUCCUUAGAAUUGUUCUUGUAGUUCGCUACACAAGUUUGUGUACCAAGUAUUUGAAUAGAUCUUAACAGUACACCUUAAUUUUUUUUAUAUGUCAACUUAUAGCUUCUAUCGAAUAAGAGAGUUUCUGUGAAAAGUCAAGUUCAAAUAAGACGUUGCAGAGGACAAUUAGUAGAUGGAAGAGAAGUUAAUUAAUGGUUAACACUUAUCAAUGAAUGUUAGUGCUGUCAAUUGUGAUAUUCUAUUGUUUACAUAUGCUUGUAAAGAAGUAUUGCUGAUUGUCAACCUCAAAGAUUUUUCCCAUUAUAAAGAGAUAUUCUUUACAAAAA